UGCAAGGUGCAUUUCUCGUCAAAUAAAUAGUAUCAUUAACUCAUUUGCUGUUUUAAGAUGCCAUUCGAUAUUAAAAAAUUUUAUAGUUCUGAGGAGGAGAAAAUAAUGCAUGAACGAGUGAAGCGGGAAAUCAUAUUUAAGAAAAAGGUUUGUAAUAACUCCACAUACUUGUGUAGCUCUCCUUGUGUAGAUGGGUAUAACUACUGUCGAACGCACUUAUCAAGUGAUCCAAAGAACCCAUAUGGGCAAUGUACUUAUUUCUAUAAAAAUAACAAACAAUGCCUAAAUAUGGCACUAGGAACUCAUACGCUCUGCACUGAGCAUACACGUAAGGAACAGCGUAAGAACCGGCGUAGUACAUUUGGGCAGUUAUCUCGUGCUAAAACUAAUGAAAAUGGUAGUUCUCGUGCGAAAACUAAUGAAAAUGUUCUUCUCUUUGAAGAUGAGGAUAAUGAUAAAUUGGAUAGCGCCUUAGAGAGUUCUGUGGAAAAAAUUACUUCUUCUAUGAAAUAUUUAAAUAAUUCAAAUGAGAAGGGUACAUCUUCAUUUCAAAAUAAUCUUAUUUUUAACAAAGAAGAUGUUUCUACAUUAAAAAAAUCUUUUGAAGCAUCGCUUAAAUUGUUGAAAGAAACAUAUGCCACUCAGUCGAAGCAAGAGCGCCCCAAAUGCAAUAUUGAUAAUAUAGAAGAGCUUGUAACACUGACAUCUAAACCCAAGAACUCGCCUAAUAAAAUUAAAACUCAUGAGAAAUUUAAGGCUUUUAAACAUGGCCGACGCAGUCGUGGUAGUGAUGCUUUAUUCGAAGAAACACGAAAAGAAGAAGAACGCGUUACUGAAGGUAUGAAAUUGCAAUCUGUGAAAACCGUAAAAUGUAUUCAUGUUAAUAAAACCAAAAACUGUGAAAAUGCAGUCAUACCUGAAACUAAAUAUUGCCGUGAACACAUCUUGGAGAAAAAGAAGAAGCAUUUUCGACAUGACAUGAGUUGCAAGAAAUCACUUGAACAUUCGAAGUAA